GUUGGCCCCUAACUACAUGUAGUCACUCAAUCCAGAGGGGUGUGAACAGAGAGAGGACGUGCUGAGUGUGAGAAUAUAAAUUUCAUUGCAUCUUCAACCAGAAUAGCGGAAGUGGUUAUUGGUUGGGUGACUGUUAUUGCUCAUGAGUACGAAUGAGAACUGUUAGCAGAAUCAGUGUUUCACCAUGACAACUGAAAUGCAGCUUCAGUAUGAUCUGGAGGAAGAUCAGAAGAAGCAUAUGUUUAAGAGAGAUGCAACCAGGAUGUUCAUCUACAUAGGAGUGGCAGUGUCACUGAUUAUACUGUGUGGUUUAGGGAUAGGAUUAGGUGUUGGAUAUGCCAUAUGGAAUGGAAGUGGUGUCCCCCGGCCUCCCUCUCCAACUCACUCAUCACCGAUGCCUCCUACAGGAAAGCCAGUACCGGAAACAACUGCAAAACCAGCUGACCACUGGAUUGACACACCUUGUGUAACUGGAUAUGAUCCAAUUUGCCCCCCUGGUGUUGAUAGACCUCCACUACUCUUAGUUUCCUUAGAUGGCUUCAGAGCAGACUACCUCAGAAGAAAACUCACUAAACAUAUCAAGAGACUCAGUGACUGUGGAACACAUGCACCUUACAUGCUUCCAUCUUUUCCUUCAGUGACUUUUCCUAAUCACUACACCAUUGCCACCGGACUGUAUCCUGAACACAAUGGUCUAAUUGGCAACUCAAUGUAUGAUCCUGAUACAAAAAAAUCUUAUUACAUUGGUAGUGCUGAGGCAGGAAAAAAGGAAUGGUACUAUGGAGAACCAAUAUGGAACACAGCCAAGAAGAAUGGUUUACGAACAGGUUGUUAUUUCUGGGUAGGAUCUGAUGUUGAUAUCCAAGAUAUGAGACCAGACUAUUUCUUCGUGUACACUAACAACAUCACACCUGAGCAAAAAAUUGACACUAUUCGGGGAUGGCUGCAACUUCCAACUGGAAAGAGGCCUGAUUUCAUCACUUUGUACUUCAAUGAACCAGAUCAUGAAGCUCAUAUCUUUGGACCAAAUUCUCAACAGGUUAACGACAAACUUGAAGAAGUUGAUAAGUACAUUGCUGAUUUAAUGGAUGCAAUACUUGCUACCAAGAUGCAUCAGUGUAUUAAUAUUAUCAUUCUUGCUGAUCAUGGAAUGGCUGACAGAAAUUGUAGCCAUUACAUCAAGUUGGCUGAUAAGAAUGGCAUCAAUUUUCCAACCAGUGAAUAUUACGGUAGAUCAACUGCAGGUUGCAUGAUGAGAUACACUCCACGUACAAAUGCUGCACUGAAAGAACCAAGGGAUAUUGUUAACAGGUUGAUGUGUCGAGAUCCUAAAGUUAUCCCAUAUGUUAAGACAGACAUGCCAAAGAGAUGGCAUUACAUGAACAGUCGUCGUAUUGAAGAUGUAUUGAUUCCAGUCAAAGAGGAGUACGCAAUAACCAAUGUGAAUCUUCCUAGUAAUUGUGAUGGUGGUGGUCAUGGAUAUGAUAACUUGGCCAGACAGAUGCAGGCCCUUUUUCUUGCAUAUGGUCCAGCAUUUAAGAAGAACUUAAAGAUAGAACCUUUCCAGAAUAUCGAACUAUUCAACGUAAUGUGUGAUGUACUGGGUAUACCAGCACCAGUUAAUGAUGGUGAGAAUGGCCGUCUUCAUAAAAUCCUGGAGAAUCCACCACCUCUUCCUCCUAUUGAUGAAUCAUCUUAUUCAUCAUCUCUGACAUGUCCUUACCCUGCAACUGAUCAUGAUUAUACAGACAGACUGAAUAUGGAUCAGUCCAUGUGUACAUGCACAGACAAAGUAGCUAAUAUCACCAGUAAAACAAUCAAAGAAUUUGAUGAGCAGCUGCAUUUAUCCGAAAGUGAAGUAACAACAGCAAAGACUAAACACGCUUUGUUUGGAGUUCCAAAGGUGACAUUUAAGACUGAUUUCUGUGAGUUAGUUCAGACUGACUACAUUACAGCUUACAGCCAUGAACUCAAAAUGCCUCUCUACACUUCUUUCACAAUUGAGAAGAAAGUGUCACGAGAUACUGCUCCAGAUCUGAAGUGUGUCAGAACUGAUGUCCGUGUUCGAGCAAAUGUUACCCCCAACUGUACCAACUACGACAACAUUCAAGCACCCGAUACUGCUGUAGACGUUGAUCCAAGAAAUAUAACCAUGGGUUUUUCCUACUCCCCAGGAUUGACAGAAACACUAGAUGCCAAGAUGGACGCACUGAUCACAUCCAACUUGGUCCCACAAUUCAGUGGAUUUAUAAGAGAUGUUUGGAGCGGUUACUUGGAUGACUAUCUCCCUAAAUGGGCUGAUCAGUACAAUGGUGUCAACAUUGUGACUGGUCCCAUCUUCGACUAUGACUUGGAUGGUCUCAGGGAUUCUAUGGAAGUUUUGAAUCGGACGGGGGAAAAGCUGGGAGACACUAUGAUACCAACUCACUACUUUGCUAUAAUCACUCGGUGUUCGUCAACAGACAGUCAACCAAUCAACAAAGACUGUUCCUCCCUUAUCCCUCUCGCCUUUAUCCUGCAUAACAAAGAUGGCAUACAGGCAUGUCAGGGCCAGAGUGAUUACAUGGAGACUAACACAGCUACGAUCAAGGAUGUUGAGUUGUUGACUGGUCUCAGGUUUUACCCUGCUUUGGAACGCUACAAGGCAAUUCAUCUGAGAACCUACAAUGUACUGAGAGAAGAAUUCUUUGAGUAUUGGGAUGGCAAUUGAAUCAUUCAACAAUAUGAUGGGGGUUGAAUUCUGUGCGUACUUGGCAGAAUCAGUGGAAGAAAGAAGGGCGGUAAACCAAGAGUGGUUUUAUUGAAGGAAGAAUUCAUAAAAAAUUAAAAUAAAAGACUUAGUAAAAGCCAGGAGUCCAUGUGGGAAGGUGUGUUUCAGAUGAAUCAAAGUUUGUCAACAAAUUUUUCAUACAGUUCAGCCUCUGACACUUUUAUCUAUAAACUAAGUGCCUGAACUUUUUUUUAAUUCUACAUUUUAAAGAAUUUACAGAUUAGCUGUUUAGAUUUCAAGCUUAACAUUUGUAGUUAGCAUGUACUCGUGUUGUGCAUAACUCAGAUGAACUGUAGUGUCAAGUACCAUGCAGAAAUCACAAUGUAAUCAAAGAUCUACAUGCUGUUUGAUUUCAAUACAAAGAGCUUGUAGGGUUUCUACAGGUAUGCAAUUCUACAGUUGGGUAGCGUGCCAUUAUUGGUUAUUGAUUUCAUAUUUGAUAUGGAAAAUGGCACUUCAAAUGGACCUUAGCAGCAUGGAUAGUCAGACUAUUUCUCUUCCUUUCAGCUGGUUGAUGGUGGCAUCAUAAGACUUAUACAGGAUGUUGUCAUUUUGAUCGGGCCAAAUUCCGUGAGAAUUCACAAAAAAUGCAUGCUAAAUGAGUAUAGUGUCAAUCAGCUCUAGGCUCACAAAAAAAGGAAAUCCGCUGACUCUUUGCCGUAGUUUUUGACUUGCUUUCAGUAUGAAAUUUUGAUAAAACAACUGAAAUGUAAUAGGAGUUACCUGUAUAGUAUUUGACAAUAAAUUUGACAUGAUUGGUAGAAUACUUGA